UGAAGCACUGUGAGCCGCUGACCUACCCCCACCACCUUCCCUCCUCCCCAAGAGACAUCCCCCACUACCCCAAAAUCCCUAAACCCUACCUGACCUCACCUGCUAAACCCCAUCAGACAACCUCCACUGGCCCUCCCUUUACCCCAUGGUGGCCCCAAGGCCCAUCCUCUCACUGCUAUUGGCUGUCCUGGCCUGCACGGGGCCCGCACGCCCCUCGCCCCCCCUGCUGCUCCGGCCCCGGGAGAGAGAGAGGGACUCGGGUGGCGUCAACAUAGCCGUAGUCCACUCUGGCUCCUCCCUGCUCCCGGAGACGGCGGUGGUGGGAGGUGCGGGUGUCGGCGAGCCGGGUCCUGGGUCCGGUCUGGGAAAUGGUCCGGGAGGAGGAGGAAGGGGAGUAACGGACACAGCUUCACUGGAAGGAGUGGCUGCCAUGGCCUCUUUAUCCUCCUCCUCGUCAUACCUGUCACUGGCGGCGCUUGUGGGGGAAACGGUGAUGACGCCAUCGGGUCAAGCUAACGUCAUCUACCUGGCUGUGAAUGAGAGCAGUCCUGGAACCUUGCUGCUGCAGCUGUGUGAGCUGCUGGCAACUACACCACUGCAGGGUUUGGUGUUUGAGGAAGAGAGACCGCCACCGCCGAACCGUGCCCCUCUGGCACCGAUGCUUGAGUUUGUUUCUGCUCAAACGGGGGUUCCCGUGGUCGCCGUCGGGGGAGGAGCCAGCCUGGGACGAGAGCCACAGGAGAGUGGAUCGAUCUACCUCCAGUUCACCUGCUCCACCAUCCUCCAGCUUGAGGUCAUCUUUGAAGUGCUUGAAGAAUAUGACUGGACUGCCUUCUCUGUUGUAACCACCCGCCAUCACGGCUAUGAAGACUUCCUGGCUAUGGUCGAGGGUAUGACAGACGGCUCCUUCAUUGGCUGGGAAAAAAAGAGUGUGGUGGUCCUUAAUGUGACAGAUGACCCUGGUGGGGCGCGGACAAAGCGAAUGCUCAAAGACAACGAAGCCCAGGUCCGCCUGCUGUAUUGUUCCUUGGAGGAAGCAGAGCUGAUUUUUCGAGCGGCUUGGGCGUCGGGUCAGGCCGGACCUAGUCACAUGUGGUUUGCCGUGGGACCGGCCUUGUCUGGAUUGGGCCUGGAGGGACUGCCAAAGGUCCUGUUUGCCAUCAGGCCGCAGGGCUGGAGAGAUGAGCCCCGCAGGCGUAUUGCCAAGGGAGUCUCUGUGCUCACCCAUGGCGCGAUGGCUCUGCGGAGGGACCAGGGAGCCACCAGCCGGGCACAGUAUGCAGGAAACUGCCAGACCGACGGGAACCAGACCCACCGAGUGGCAGACAGAAUCAGGUACUUCACCAACAUAUCCAUUGGUGGGCGGGACUAUUCCUUCAACAGUGACGGCUACCUGUCCAAUCCGCUUCUUGAUGUAAUCUCCUACACCAACGGAAGAGGCUGGGAGGAGGUUGGCUGGUGGGAAAAUGGCCACCUGCGCCUACGUUACCAUCCCUGGUCUCGGUAUGGCUCUUUCUUGAAGCCCUUAGAUGACUCCCAACAUCUUAGAGUGGUCACCUUGGAGGAGCGGCCCUUUGUCAUCGUGGAACCUGCUGACCCGGGCACCAGCUCCUGCAUCCGGGACUCUGUGCCCUGCCGCAUGCCCAUGAACUCAAGUUUGGUGGUGGAUGGUGCUGGGCCCAUGAAGCAUUGCUGCAAAGGGUUCUGCAUCGAUGUCCUGAAGCGCCUGGCCAAGAUUGUGGGCUUCACCUAUGACCUUUACCUGGUGACAAAUGGCAGGCAUGGAAAGAACAUUGAUGGUGAAUGGAAUGGCAUGGUGGGAGAGGUGGUGUCCAACAGAGCUGACAUGGCCAUUGGUUCUCUCACCAUUAAUGAAGAAAGGUCAGCAGUUGUAGAAUUUUCUGUUCCAUUUGUUGAAACGGGCAUCAGUGUCAUGGUUUCUCGCAGUAAUGGCACAGUAUCGCCUUCCGCCUUUCUCGAGCCCUACAGCCCAGCGGUGUGGGUGAUGAUGUUUGUGAUGUGCCUGUCAGUGGUGGCUGUCACCGUCUUCAUCUUUGAGUUCUUCAGCCCCGUGGGAUACAACCGCAGCCUGCAGAGCGCCAAGAAGUCUGGUGGAUCGAAGUUCACCAUUGGGAAGUCAGUUUGGCUGCUGUGGGCACUUGUUUUCAACAACUCUGUGCCUGUGGAAAAUCCCAGAGGAACCACCAGCAAGAUCAUGGUGCUGGUGUGGGCCUUCUUUGCUGUCAUCUUUCUGGCCUCCUACACUGCCAACCUGGCUGCCUUCAUGAUCCAGGAGGAAUACAUUGACACAGUGUCAGGGCUGUCAGAUAAGAAGUUCCAGCAGCCGACGGAGCAGUAUCCUCCACUGCGCUUCGGUACCGUGCCAAACGGCAGCACUGAAGAGAACAUCCGCUCCAACUAUCCCAACAUGCAUCAGUAUAUGAUCCGCAACAACCAGAAAGGCGUGGAGGAGGCCAUUGAUAACCUCAAGACAGGAAAACUAGAUGCCUUUAUUUAUGAUGCUGCGGUGCUGAACUACAUGGCCAGAAAGGAUGAGGGCUGCAAGGUGAUGACUAUCGGCUCUGGUAAGGUGUUUGCCACCACGGGUUACGGCAUUGCCCUGCACAAGAAUUCUCGCUGGAAACGACCUCUGGACCUGGCUCUGCUGCAGUUAGUUGGAGAUGAUGAGAUUGAUAUGUUGGAGCGCCUCUGGUUGUCGGGUAUCUGCCACAAUGAUAAGAUUGAGGUGAUGAGCAGUAAGCUAGACAUUGACAACAUGGCGGGGGUAUUCUAUAUGCUGCUGGUAGCCAUGGGCCUUAGUCUGCUGGUAUUUGCAUGGGAGCAUCUGGUGUACUGGAAGCUGCGGCACUGUGUUAAGAGGUCGGGUGGGAUGGACUUCCUCCUGGCUCUCAGCAGGGGGAUGUACAGUUGCUGCCAGUUUGAGGAUGAGACAGUGCCAGGAGGAAGCAAAAGCUCUUUGCCCCAGUACCACACCAUGACCACCAUGCCUGCUGCCCCACAACAACACCUUGUUACAGCCACAGUGAACAACACAACUGCUAUUGCCAUGGUGCAACAGCAGCAGCAGCAGAAGCAUCACCAACAGCAACAGGGACAGACGUAUACUACAAUGCUACCUGGAUCACCGCCAACUACAGGACAUUCAGCAAUGGCUCUAGGCCCCUCAAACAGUCCCUUACUGGAAGGCCCCAUGCCUUGCUCUACUUUCUUGCCACGUCAUGACCGCAGACUGGCUGUGGUGGAUCGCUGGAACAGGUCAAAGCCAGAGAAAGUCAUGAGUGGAAGCAGUAGUGGAGGUGUGGGCAUUGGAGGAAUUGCAGGAGGGAUCACUGAACUACCAACUCAACAACAGUAUCAACAAAACCUUGGACAGCACUGGAAUCUACAAGGAGGGGUUGCAGGUGGAACAGGAGGUGGAGGAGACACAGGGCUAGAUGAAUAUAAGCGUUACUAUGGUCCUAUAGAUCCAGAAGGAUUAGGAGCCAACUCAGACCAACAGGCAGUAGGCCUUCAGCAGACUCCCAAAGCCAGUUCUCGAGGUCUUAAAGCUUCAGGGAUGCCACGGCUUCCUCCCAAAGGCCCCCAACAAGGCCAGGGGCAUCUAAUCUCUAAGCCGCCUCCUCCAAUCCCAUCGUCCCCUCGAAGGCCUCCCUUCUGGCGGCGAGGAAGCCUAACUCAGGCAAGGAGAAAAGGCUCAGGAGGUCCCUUGUAUGAGAAUAUACUCCCUCUAGGAAGGCGAGGAGGUGGGAGGUAUGGAGCAGGCGAUGGAGGUGGCAGAAGGGGACGCCGCCCCCCUCCACCACUUCCUCUUCCCGUCCCCCUUUCUUCCCCAACACACACCCCCACCACUCCCUCCUCUCCAUGUCGUUUCUACUCAUCAUGCUCCAGUGCCUCGUCUUCCUCCUCUUCAUCAUCAUCAUCAUCAUCCUCUUCUUCAUCCUCUGUUUCACUUUCUCGGUCAAAUUCCCCCUCUUCAUGCUCCAGUGAUAGCUCCUAUAACUCCUCACUGAGUUUUCGUUAUCGAGCGGGCGAUAGGGAUUUAAUGGUAGAUGACGAAUAUGACUCAGAUCUCCUCACAGAGGAGUCCAGCCUCCUUCAGGGUUCACGAAGGAAGGCUCGCUCACGGCGCAUGUCAUCACGCUCACUGCCAUGCAGCCCACCACCUCCUCCAGUCCCGCCAAGAAAGCCUCGUCCACAGAGAGAAUAUGGGAGAGAGAGGACCAGCAGUCAGCUGGCACAGUUACAGGAGUGGUGGGCAUCCUGGGGUGACAGAGAGCGGGGUAAGGGAGGAGUAACAGGACGAGGAGAAGGAGGAGUCGGUCGAGAGGAGAAAAGACAUCACAAAGAGAGGGAGCGUGAAAGAAAAAGGAGGAAGAAGGGAAGAAAAAAGAAGAAAAGGGAGGAGAGAGAGAGAGAAAGGGAGCGAAAGCGGCGCAAAGCCAAGAAGAAGAGGAAGAAAGAUGACAAGAUAAGAAAGAGAGAGCGAAAAAAGUCAGAGCAAGAGGGUGGAGAUGCUGAAAAAAGAGAGGAACUCAAAUCAGGAACCCCGGACUUCCCCCCAUACCCACCCUUGAGACGAGAGUCGUUUCGGAAAAAGAGCGAGAGUUCAAUCAGAAGCUAUGGUUGGAACAUCCCCGGCGAAGAUGAAAGGAAGGAUAGAGAAGAUAAAGAGAGGGACAAUGGAGAAGAAAAUAGAGGAAAGGAAAAACAACACAGGCGGAGGAACAGCAAGCACUAUCAUAGCUCUAGUAGCAAGCCUUCUAUAUCCGUCAAGUUCUGGGGAGGGGGAAACCCAUCUUCUGACGCUAUUCCAUCUGCCUUUCUGCCCCUGUUACCAGUUUCCUCUAAAAGAAGGAAGAGUAAAAGUUCAGACCGAGAUGCCAUGGGAAAGGAAGGAGAGAGGAAACCACUUUUGGGAAGGAACGAAAGAGGUGAAAUGCAUUCUAAGGAAGGGUUGUCCUUCCACGAGUGGGAGUCUGAAAUAGAGGAUGAAGUGGAAGAUUCAGAGCCAGAGAGGAGGAAAACAGAGCAUGGGAAAAGGCGUGGAGGAGAGAGGACUAUAUCCGAUGAGGAACGGGAACGUGAUAAGGUAGUUGGGAUAUAUUCUGAUGAUGAUGGUUCUUCAGGAGAAUUUGGAAAGUUUGAGAGGUACUGGGAGGAUCAUGAAGGUAGGGCAGUGGGAGGGAUUGGAGGAGGGGGUUGGUUUUUUAGUACUUAUCCCUCCAGGGACAAAGCAGGCAGCAUCAACAGCAGAGAUGACCUGUUCCUGGAACGGGGAGAACGAUGGGGUACAGCAGAGACUGGGUGGGGUUCUAGUGCAGGAGGGGAUAGAGGGUGGGGAUCAGGUUCACACUGGCCUCCACCUCCUCUCACUCCACCACCUCCCCGACGAUACUGGUCAGUGGAUAAACUUCACAUACAGGAUGAGAAGAAGAGUAAGCGCAAAUCAAAAGACAAGGGAAGAGGGCACGCAGCUUGUUCCUCCUGCCAUUCCCCACGACAUCAUCCACGCUCCUCAAAAUGGACCCGCGCAACUUCACGAAGCCAGGAAGAGCUGUACCACCACUGCCAGAGUUUUGGUGGUCCCUUGAAGCCAAAACAUGACUCAUCCUCAUCCAAACCUGAACGAUCACACAAUCCAUCUAAAUCCGGCAGCCAGUCAAAUCUCAGUCUCCAGCAACGAACACAGAGAACAGACAGGGAUCGAGAUCGAGGGAGACAACCAUCCCCCCCGUCAUCUCUUAUAACUAAUUUGCCACCCCCACUUCCUGCCCUUCCAGCUCCACCAUCCUCAUCUCACUCCAUCCAUGCCCCUCCACCUACUUCUUCCUCUUCUGUGUCAUCUCCGUCAGUGGUCUCUUCCACACAGGGGGCUCCCCAGGCCUCUUCAGUGGCUUCUGCAAGUGCCAAACUGCAGUACCAGAGACUACGCUCUGUACCCCAGCCCCAGAGAUUUCCUCAGUCUCCUCACUUACCCCUCAAAACAAAGAGCCUUUGCUCACGAAGAGGUUCAGCCCAUUUCUCCAGCGUGGAGAGUGAAGUCUGAUAUCCAGCAAGGCCUUUGAAGUCAUAAGAAAACCCUACAAAGCUGAAAGUAGAUGAUCUGCAAACAUGGCUACACAUCAGCAAACAUGGCUGUAAAGCCAGGUCAAUACAGUAUAUGCACUGAGCCCUUUCCAAAAGUUCUGCACAAACAAACCUAAAAGCCAAACAAACCAACGGAGUAGGUCAAAGGAACACAGGACCAUUCUUGUAUUUAAGGUUGUUUCCAUAUAAUCCUCUCAGUAUGUGAAGGAUGACAAGUAUAGACUUGCAUUUGGAAUCAAGCUAACCAAUAAAAGCAAAUUCUUCAGAAGAGGUAGAACUUAAGGAGUUGAAGCAGAAAGUAUUCAGAAGAAUCUUUAUGCUUGCUGAGGGCUCAGGAACUUUAUAGUACUGUAUGCCUGCUGCUCUCAGAAGCCUUUAAUACAUAACAGUGUUCUUACUCUUAGUUUUUAUUUUAAACAACUCGCUUUCCCCAAUUUUCUGUUUUCCCCAACAAACUGUUUACACCCCCCACAGAACUGUGACGCCCACUUGAGGCACCUAUGUUGUGUGAUCAAUACCUUCUUGUUUAGAGGGAUGGAAGGGUGAUAACCACCUGCUUUUUUUGGAAUCCACUGCUUUUCUUUAGCUUCUUUUGUUCCCCCCUACUUCCGUGUAUCUUAACCUUUCUAUUUCCUGUGAACUUUUUGUUUCUCUUUCUACUUUUCUACUUGUUUCAAACCUUAUUUACAUGUGAAUCUUAUAAUUUUUUUUCUUGUCACCUCCUUUCCUAUUCUUUCCUCUUGGCUCCUCUCCUUAAUGUGAUUAUUCUGUGUGUCUGUGAUUUUCUGUGUUUGUAUUCUUGACAACAGGGUAAGUCAGCUGUGACUGAUAUUCUUCUGGCUUAAUGAAAAGCUGAGUGCCAAACUUAAGUAGAGCUCAACAUCAAUCUGUAAGACGUUAGCAGCUGUGUUCCUUUUAUCCUGCAGUUUACAUUAUCUCCCAAAAAAAAAAAAAAAAAAAAAACUUGCACAUGUCAACAUACAUUCACAAAUACAUCCAUGACACAUGCACGUUAAUAAAUCAAUUCAUCUACUCUCCUCUUUGAGCAAUACAUUAGUUAACCUUUUCUCAUGCUGAAGCUUUAUACUUAGAGACCAUUACUUUACUUCUGUGUUAUAGUUGUUGCUAUUUAUGGUGUUCUAUAUGUCAAGACAUGUAUUGAUCUAAUACACUGUAAUCACUGUGCCAUAAUGUUCAAGCUUGGGUGCAAAUGAAAUGUUUUCUCAACUACCUAACUACAAAAAUGGAGGCAGUUUCUGUUCCUUGCCUGUGUUCGACUGAAUGUACAGUCAGCCGCCAUCGCCCGUGCUGCAACAAAAGCUACUAGAAGAUACUUAAGGUUGGAAAUUGUAGCAUUCCAGAGGGUUUACAUGCAUGGUAAGGAAAUAGAGACAGAGCUAAUGUUUGGUUAUUGUAGACUUAGCCUGAUGAACAACAGUAUGCUUAUCAUGUGGGUACAUGCUAAAAAGCGAGGGCUAUGAUGGUUUAAAAGUCAGUUUUAUUAUUUUGUUUACUUGAUGUUUUAUCUACAAGAGGUUCAAGUGGCGCAAAGACUAGAAAUAAUGAAGCAUUUGUAAAAACUUAUCAACCCAGGUUUGUUCACCAUCAAGCCAGGGAUAAGUAUCCUUCAAGCCUUUUUCCAAUUGCUCCUGCCAUACAUGACAUGUCAAGUAUGAGCAUGAAGGCAUGGUUGUGUAAUGAUCUGAUUGGGAUUUGCCGUUUUGAUGUCAAAGCUACUGUGCCUGUGUUGCAUGCUAGCAGAUUAGAUAAAUGGUGGAUCUGAGUGAUGGUGUGCGAGAUAAACAAUGGCACCUCCUGUGAUUUUUUUCAAAGGUAUUUCUCAUCUUGUAAAUGUUUAAUCAAGAGCUAUAGCUUUUUAAUCCACAACCAGUUUGAUACCAGCAGUUACACUUCGAUGUCAAGCACUUAGCUAGAGUAAUCAGUUAUAACCACCAAAAUUUUGAAUUUGUUAUUGGAAACCAGACAUCAGAGCACUAAAAAUGAAAAUAAGAGCUGCUGGCACAAUACAUUUGCAUUUUAUAAUUGCUAAAAAAAAAUGCCUGAGCCAUCUUUCCUAAAGGUUUGGUCAACUCAUGUUGAUUGCCUGGAACUGCAUCUGAGCCAUAAUUUACUUCAAUGGAAUAAAAAAAAAAAAAAAAAAAAA